UGGGUCAUGAUCGCGUGACGUCACCGUGUUGGGAAAACACAAAAUGGUGGUGUGAGAGUACUCGCACAAAGCUACGAAGGAUUUUUACGCGAUUUUGCUUAUUUUAACAUGAGGAAGGAUACCAGAAGUGACCCAGUUGAUUAAGAGGGACAGCCAUGUCAACAGCUGCUACUCUACCACUCACGCCCCCACCAUUACUGCGGUCAUGGCAACCAACACCGGAUGGACCACCACCAGACAACAAAGUGUACCUUUUCACCGAUGUUGCACACAGUUCCAACAUCCUUUGCUCUCUGAACUCGUUGCGACAGCAGGAGGACCUGUGUGACAUGGUGUUGGUAGUCGGUGGGUCAACAAUAAGUGCGCACAAGGUGGUGCUAGCUUCUGGGAGUCCCUACUUCAGAGCAAUGUUUACUGGUGGAAUGUCGGAGAGCAGACAAGACACUGUCACUCUACAAGAACUAGACGAGAAGGCAAUGCAAAACAUGAUUGACUUUUUCUACUCUGGGAAGAUUGAGAUUUCAGAGCUAAAUGUCCAGGAGGUUCUACCGAUUGCAUGUUUACUCCAGGUGCAGUCGGUACAGGAAGCUUGCUGUGAAUUUUUGAAGCGGCAACUGAGUCCAGAAAAUUGCCUUGGCAUAUGUGCAUUUGCGGACUCCCAUUCCUGUACAGAGCUGGUGAAGUUCUCUGAUGCAUUUGCCCGGCUUCACUUUGUGGAUGUAGUUCAGAGUGAGGAAUUUAUGGAUGUCCCCCUCAAGCAGUUGUCAAGGAUUCUUGUUGAGGAUGACCUGAAUGUCCACUCGGAGGAGCGGGUGUAUGAGGCAGUUAUGGCUUGGAUUAAAUAUGACCAGGAUUUACGCCAGGAGUAUGCUCCAGAGGUGUUAAAGUAUGUACGGCUUCCUCUGCUCUCAGCUGAGUUUCUGAUGGAUCGAGUAGCUACUGAAGACAUCAUUCGGAACAACCGACUCUGCAGUGACUUGCUUCUUGAGGCGACAGAGCUGUUGCUGUUGCCGCGCCGCAGGCUUCAGAGUCAGACCACGCGUGUCCAGCCUCGUAAGGCGGUGUCCAGUCACCAGGUGUUGUACGCGAUAGGCGGCAUGAGUCGCAGGGACGCCAGUAAGAGUGGCGAGCGGUUCGACCCAAGACAGGGGAAGUGGAAACCAAUAGGUGACAUGAAAAUCUGCCGUUGGGGUGCGGCCGUAGGUGCUAUCGGGUCCUUCCUUUACAUCUGUGGUGGGAGCGAUGAUGCUUCCCGCUUAGAGACGGUUGAACGCUUUGAUCCGUUUACCAACGUGUGGGUACCGUCGGUCUCAAUGGACGCCAGUCGCAAUGGAGUAGGAGUGGCGGCGGGACACGGCAGGAUAUACGCCAUCGGUGGUUUUGAUGGCUCCAUGCCUCUCAACACAGCCGAGUUCUUUGACCCGAAAGUGGGGCGUUGGAUCGAGGUGUCGCGCAUGAAUCACUGUCGCUUCGGCGUCGGGUGCGCCGUGUUAGACACCUGUGUGUAUGCUGUCGGGGGCUCAGACGGCACGAAUCUCAAGACGGUAGAGAAGUUUGACCCGGAAACAAAUACAUGGACUGUGGUAGCGCCGAUGAACACGGCGAGGAAGCAAGUGGGUGUGGCCGCAUUGGGUGGCUACCUGUACGCCAUCGGAGGGUGUGACCAUGGCACGCGGUACGACACGGUGGAGCGGUACGACCCUGAUAAGGAUCGCUGGACGUACGUGUGCCCCAUGAGUACGCCCAGAUCUGGGUGUGGCGUAGGGGUGCUGGACGGCUUUAUUUACGUAGUGGGGGGAUAUGACGGGACAACGUACCUUCAAACUGUUGAGAGGUAUGACCCGUUAUCCAACAAAUGGCACCCUGCGCCGGCCAUGAGCCAACCACGUGAUUGCGUCGCCGUGUGCGUAGCGAGCUUUAAAAGAACACCCAACAAACGGCUCCUCGAUCAGAGGCACAGUAGUCCACCCGUACCUCACUCACUACCAAGCUAGCACUACCUACCCCACCCCUAAAAGGGGGAAACAGAGAAAAUAUGGAACCAGUCUAGCACUACCCACCCCACCCCUCACAGAGGGGGACACAGAGGAAAUAUAAAACCGGUCUAGAACUGGAUUGGGUGCCCCUACCUUGCGAAGUAAAACGGUGUACAGAGAAAUAGGAUGGUGCAACUCGUUAUCCUUCCCAUGGAAAGGUGAAUUAUUUGAUAGAAGUGGAACCGUCUACCUCGCAUAAGGGAUGGAAGAUGAAAUGAUAGCGAAUUCUAUUUCGGACUGUUGUUACCCCUCCCAUGGCAGGGUACACGAACACGCAAGGCCCAACAAAGAGUUGUGUAGACUUCAACGACAAAAUCAGUCGUUGCCCGGUUAUAGUAGGGAUAUUAAUUGGUCAACGGUUACUCGCCAAGGCCUAGAUUAAACGGCGUUCCAUCCUAGAAAAGUUCGUCAGAUUAUACGACGCUAGCGCACCAUUCAUUGCGCACGAAAUUGAAGUAAUGGGAAGCCCGACCACACGUUAACUGUGAAACUGUGAAUGGCCUCGACCGCACCAGAGACUUUGACACGUCGUUCAAUCGAAGACUUACUUUCCUGUUAGAAGUAUGGUACUUCCUUGAAAACAGCACCAACAUCGAUCAGAAAGGCUGGUGACGCUGACGCCGUUCGAACACCUUAUUAUUUCCUUUGUCUUGUGUUAAGUCGAGCAAGGUUUCACCAGCAAUGCCGGUCGCUGUUGGUGCUGUUUGCACUGGGCUUUGAAGGACCCUUUUUAGCAGUCAAUAUCGGCUAAACAAUUUGAAUAUUCCUAAAAACUAUUCCCGUUAUAUGGACGUGUUUAUUUGGUUAUUAUUUAUUAAGAAGAUUAUAAUGACUGCUAAUAAAAUAUGAUAAUUAGGGUAAUAGGUACGUUUCUACAAUGGCUGCCGAUCAACCUGAGCAUCAUUGAAAUGUUGAUUGCUUUAUAUUAAUUACACUCUCCUUUAUUUAUAAUGUGGUAAGAAUAUUUUCCACCUUUUUUCAGUUUUUUUUUCUACUACUUAUUUUUUUUAAAUUCAAAAUUCAGUUUUUUUUUGUGUGUGAAUUAGAUGAUUUUUUUCCCAGUUAUCAGAAAAUGAUUUUGUCUCUACUGUACAAACAGCUUUGGUAAAACAGCUGCAACUUAAUUUUCCCGACCUUUGAACAGUCAACACAGGUAUCUUUAUAAUAACGAGCAAUUGUAAAUAGCUGUCGAGAUUUUGUAUUAAAUAUACAGAAAAUGAA